AUGGUGGAAGAGGGUGCUAUGGAUCCAAGCUUUUCCGUUAUUAAAAUGAUCAAAGUUGGAGAAAAAGUGAUAAAUACAGAGAUAAAUCAUUUUAGCCAUCAACAUAACUUAGUGUUAAGUGAUCAAGUCACGGAUCAAAGGUAUUGUGAUGGUUGCACUGGACUCACAACGACUUCGUCUUAUGGUUUUGACUGUGAUUUUUUCCUCCACGAAUCAUGUGCCAAGUUACCAAGGAAAAUGAAAGUUCUUGGGAUCCUUCACCAAGACCCAGUUGACCUCAUUCCGAACUGCCUUUUUAUUUGCAACAUUUGUCACUUCAAAUGUAGUGGUUUUGCCUACAAAUGUAUGGUCCAUUUAUGCAAUGACUAUACACGUGUUCGGUGUGCAGAAUUUCACAAGCACCCGCUUCUCUUUUACUACAAGUAUGAUCAUAUGGAUCAGUACUGCAAUGCUUGUGGUGAAAAUAAUGGUGAAUUCAAUGUAUAUAGAUGCAAGGCUUGCAAUUUCAAUGUGCAUUUUAGUUGUCACGGCCUACCACAAACAGCUUGGUACAAAUUUGACAGACAUCGUCUUGUUCUCACAUAUCAUGAAGAUAAUGGUUAUUCAGAAUAUCUUUACUGUGAUAUUUGUGAAGAAGAAAGAAGCACCAACACUUGGUUUUACUAUUGUGAAAUUUGUGACAACUCAGCACACCACCAGUGUAUUUUACCAGAUUAUUGGUUUAUCAAACGUGGGAUCACCUUCAGGGAGAUCGACCAUCCACCCUCUCUGGAGUUCGUGCAGAAGGUUUAUGAUUAUCCCGAAAGUUGCAUAUGUGGUAAGCAUUGCUUGGGUUUGGCUGUUGAGUGUUCGGAUGUAGCAUGCAAAUAUAUCAUUAACUGGGAAUGCAACCUUCCCUUCAUGUCUCUUCCGGACGGCAAAGUAUAUAAUUAUGGUUCACAACCAUCAAAUAAAGAGAUUGUUGCUCAUGGCGAUCAAAGUUGA